UGUUUGUUCCUUAUGAUCUAGGACUUCAAGAUGACGGGAAGAGAGUUUCUUGAACUAGAUUCUCCGCAGCAAAGACUAUAUUUGGAAAGAUUUAAGCAGAUGGAAGUCGUACAAAAGAUACUCAAUGAGCUUCCUAAAGCAGAUCAGAACGUCUGUAAACACGGAUCGUACUUCCUUGCGGCAAAUUCAAGCUUAUGCGGCUUAGCAGCAAAUAACUUCUUCAGGAACAUCCUACAUGUCAGAAAGGCUUCCUUCGUGUCUGCUCUGCCAAUGGCUUGUAUUCCCUUUCUUUCAACAGCAGCUGUUUAUGAGGUUUUUGUGCGUGAGUCUUUAUUUUCAGGUGAGCUAAACUGUGAGGUCUGCGCUGUGGUCAGAGGAGGAUUGAUCGGGGCUGUUGUAGGUGGGCUCUAUCCUAUUUUCUUGGCUAUCCCCAUGAAUGCAAGCCUUGCAGCCAGGUAUUCUUCAUCUCCCUUGCCUGGGAAAGAAAAUGCAUUACGCUUCUGGCUCACAACUGCUCGGCCUGUUUUUAGAAAAAUGAGUUUGGCUGUAAUCAUACAGGCUCUAACUGGAUUAUAUCUUGCCACUAAACAGCAUGGAAUAUAUGUCAAAAUACUGCAGCAGAUGAACACUAGCAGGGAUCCUGAAGAGUUACAAGCAUGAGGUUCAACUUUUCAAUUGCUUUGGAUAAGUGACAUAAUAAACAA